AUUUGGGAUCAUUAUUUACUGCACAGCUUAUUUUCCUUAUCCUUAUUUUCUUCCACCUGAGUCUGUGAGAUGAAGACCCAGCAACCUCUUCAUGUGGCCACACCUGUGAGGCAGAGCCUUGCCUUGACCAAAGUGGCUGGGACCUCUGUUUACCUCAAGCUGGAUUCAUCUCAGCCCACAGGAUCCUUUAAGAUCAGGGGCAUCGGCCACCUCUGCAAAACUUGGGCAGAGCGAGGAUGUGAGCGGUUUGUCUGCUGUUCAGGAGGAAAUGCUGGUAUGGCAGCAGCUUAUUCUGCCCGCCAGCUCGGGGUACCUGCUACCAUAGUAGUUCCAAGUGUCACACCAAAUCCCACAGUGGAGAGGCUGAGGGACGAGGGUGCCACUGUGGUCAUCCAUGGAAAGGCUCUAAAUGAAAGCAUUGAAUAUGGACAACAGCUUGUGGCAAAUAACCCUGGGUGGAUAUUCAUCUCUCCGUUUGAUGACCCCCUCAUCUGGGAAGGCCAUACAUCUCUGGUGAAGGAGCUGGAGCAAGACCUGAGGGAGAAGCCAGGAGCCAUAGUGCUGUCGGUGGGAGGUGGAGGCCUACUGAACGGAGUGGUGGAGGGACUGCGUCGUGCUGACUGGGCUGAUGUACCUAUUGUAGCCAUGGAAACCAUGGGAGCACAUAGCCUCAAUGCAGCCAUGAAGGCUGGAGAGCUGGUCACUUUACCUGCAAUUACCAGUGUUGCGACCACACUGGGCCUGACACGGGUCUCUGCACAGACUAUGAAACUGGUGGAGGAGCACACAGUUUUCUCAGAGGUAGUCACAGACCAGGAGGCUGUAAAAGCCGUCGAACACUUUGUAGAUGACGAGAAGGUCCUGGUGGAGCCUGCCUGUGGUGCCGCCCUGGCAGCUGUGUACAGUGGUAUUAUCAAAAGGCUGCAGGAUGAGGGCAAGCUGGCUCAGCACCUUGGCCCUGUGGUCAUCGUGGUGUGCGGAGGCAACAACAUCAGCAUGGGGCAAUUGUGGAGGCUGAAAAAACAGCUGGGUAUUAUCUAGCAUGGCCGACUACCUGUGGUCUUUCUGACCUUUCUUCUAUUCCUCCAUCAGUUGGUCUCAAUCCUUAAUCUCAUUGUCGAUGUGCUCCACUGACUAAAUCAUUCCAGACUGUGAAAAUCUCCUGAGACUGACAAAUGUGAGUGCGAGCAGCUGGAGGGAUUUUUUUUUUUAUCUUUUAAAAAUGUUGUAGUUGUGACGCUGCUCUGGUAGAGGUAGUUUGUGACUAGAGAGACCUCUAUAGA